ACUUGGCCAACUGAGUUGGACAGUUCAAUGUUUUGCCUGAAAUGGUGGAGCUGGUCGGCCCAGCGGUGGCAUGCAAGGUCUUAUAUCUACUUCAAAAUCCAAAUAUGAAGUUCAGAAUUACCCGCUGGUGCUUGACUCUAUUCAUUUUUCUAAACCGCCCACUCCCAAUUCUUCCUGACUCUUUAAAUGACACCUAUACUCCUACAAUGGAGCCUGAGCUAUUUCUCUAUGCUCUGGGAAGACAGAAGAUGAUGGACGCACAGUUCAGGUGCUAUCACCGAAUGCGAGUGUUGCCACCAUACGAAGGAGAAGGUCUGUACUGCAACCGCACCUGGGAUGGAUGGACAUGCUGGGAUGACACUCCGGCUGGAGUGCUGUCCUUUCAGCACUGCCCAGACUAUUUUCCAGACUUUGACCCAUCAGAAAAAGUUACAAAAUACUGUGAUGAAAAUGGAGAUUGGUAUAGACAUCCAGAGAAUAAUAAAACCUGGUCCAAUUACAGUAUGUGCAAUGCUUUUACUCCUGAUAAGCUACAGAUUGCAUACAAUCUAUACUUCUUGGCUAUUGCGGGUCAUUCUAUGUCGAUAUUCGCCUUAGUGAUUUCACUGGCAAUUUUCGUGUUAUUCAAGAGCCUUAGUUGCCAAAGAGUCACUAUGCACAAGCACAUGUUUCUGACCUACAUUUUGAAUUCCAUGAUUAUUAUCAUUCACCUCGUUGAAGUAGUACCCAAUGGAGAGCUCGUGAGACAGGAUCCAUUGAGCUGCAAGAUUCUGCAUUUUUUCCACCAGUACAUGAUGUCUUGCAACUAUUUCUGGAUGCUCUGUGAAGGGAUUUAUCUCCACACAUUGAUUGUGGUGGCUGUGUUCACUGAUAAACAAUACAUGAGGUGGUAUUACCUCCUGGGCUGGGGCUUCCCAUUGGUGCCAACCACUAUUCAUGCUGUUACUCGGGCAUUAUAUUUCAAUGACAACUGCUGGCUGAGUGUGGAUACCCAUCUGCUUUACAUCAUUCAUGGCCCAGUCAUGGCUGCUUUGGUGAUCAACUUCUUCUUUUUGCUCAACAUCGUCAGGGUGCUUGUUAACAAACUGAGACGAUCCCAAGAGCCAGAAUCACACACAUACCUGAAGGCAGUGAGGGCCACUCUGAUCCUGGUGCCCCUGCUGGGAGCCCAGUUUGUUGUCUUUCCCUGGAGACCUUCCAACAAGAUCCUUGGGAUGAUUUAUGACUAUCUGAUGCACUCUCUCAUCCAUUUCCAGGGAUUAUUCGUUGCGGUCAUUUACUGCUUCUGCAACCACGAGGUCCAAACCACCUUGAAGCGUCAAUGGGCCCAAUUCCAUGCCAACUGGGGCUACCUCUGGGGAAGCACCAGCCCUCGGCGCUUUCCUGGCAAUGCUCCAGUCUCUGCUGCAAGAGCUGCAGCCAGAGCAGCAGCAGCAGAAGCAAUUGAUAUCCCUGUUUACAUCUGCCACCGGGAGCCAAAGAAUGAGCCUGCCAACCUAGGUGAAGAGGGUGCUGAGGGCAUAACUUCGGAGGGUGCUGAGCAAGAGACAUCUGCUUGAAUGUGACAACAAUUACAUUGUGAUCACUGAGCCGUCAUUUCCUGGAAGGACAGACCAUGUGUUUCAAGUGACCCCCACAUCCUUCUAGGAGCUUAACAUACCAUUUGUGAAGAAUUAUUAAGCAAAUGUGUCCAUAGUAAACCUGAAGAAAGUUAUACUUGGUACUAUUGCUGUGGGAGACAGUCUAGGAAUGGAGUCUCCCACUGCCACACUUGUGAACUCCAUCUUUCAUCCAGUACUGAGAUGCUGAUGUUAUAGUAAUGCAAGCAAGGUGUCCAAGAAAAACACAAUGAAAUUAAUUAAAUUAAGAUACAGGGUGCUCCUUGUUAAUCUUGAGCCAUUUAUACCUUUUAAAAAUUAAAAUUGCUGUCAGUAUUUUCUUUUUAACUCUAGACUUUGAAUUAGGAUAUUUCUGUAUUGGGCUAUGCAUCUGUUUUUUAAUUAUUUUUAAAAUUUAAAAUUCUGACUUUAACUCAGAUGUUUUACCAUCUACACAACAAAAGUGAAUUCCAUGACCUCUGCAAGGAAAAGUAGCUUUCUAAUAUAGAGAUGACUAAGUAGGUACAGGAAAGAAACUACCUUUGGCAGAAAGAUGUAAUGCUGUGGGUAAAAAAGACUAUUUGCUUUGAAAUAUUCGGUGGACCAAUUUGUUUCUUAGUUUACUAAUGUGUGUUUGAGUUGGCUGUGAAUAAUCCUGUUCAUUGGGCAGGUCCCAGUGUUCUAAGGGUUUGGACUUUGCGUAGAACGUCCUUUGGUCGUUGACACUUAAAAGUUCGGAGGUCAUAAAAAAUCCAUUACUAAAUUUUUCAUAAAACUGCCAAAAUAAUAGUUCCUUAAGAAAGAGAAUACUCUCUUUGAAGAGAGUUUUCUACUUUCCUAGGCUCCAGGAUUUAUAAAAUAAAUCAGUCCAAGGUUUAUAAAGCAAAUUACCUCUUGCCCUUGGGUGCUAUCUAACAGUAAAAGAUAUAUUUGCUUAAGACUGGUAAUUAAAAGACUCCAAAUAAGUCCAUUAACUGCCUUCACCUAGCUUCCAAGCUUAACAAGACCUUAGACUUUACCAGAAAGAUUCGUAGAGCUAAUUAGAAAUCAGUUCGUAGUUGAUCUCUUGUUUGCUGCUAUUAGCAAAAUAGAGAUUAAAAAUACAUAACUGUUCCAACUUUGACUAUAUAUCAAUUCAUUUAAAAUCGUUUGACAUUAAAAUUCAAUUGGAUAUUCCCACAUCUCUCUUAACUUACACAGUAUAAAUCUGAAGAAAAAAAAAGCCUGCAUAAACCAGUAUCAUUACUGGCACCAAAAGUUAAUGUGAAUUUGCAAUAGUAAUCAGUUAAUAUUAUUUAGUUCAUAUGCUAAAUGAAGAGGUACAGUGAAACUCUCCAAAUCCCAAGUCUCAUCUUUGUCACAUUGUACCCCUGCCUUUCAGAAGUGAUUUAGUUUUGGAAAGAAAAAUAAUUAAUUUGUUAUGGUUAAAUAUUUAGUGCACCCAAAGAAAAUUAUAUUUCUCCAGAGAAAAUGAAUUUUGGAUACUAAAGUAGUUUAAGUCUCCUUUGCUGAGUAUAAGGGAGGUUUUGAAGAGAAGGUAUUUUUUCAAUCACAGUGUUUAUGUAGUGAUGUUUCUAUUUUUGUUUACAAACACGGAAAACAGAGUAUUCUGGCAGCUCUGUACAAAUGUGAUAAAAUAUUGCUGAAAUAUUUUAGAUGUUAUUGUGCUAAUAUAGUAGGGGCUGAAUAAAAUGGCUUCAAUAGAAUUGCACAUAUAACUAAAAUUAUGUGAAAUGCUUAUGCUAUAUAUGUAUAAAUUAAUACAGAGUAUGUUAUGAGCAAAAA